AUGAAGGGGGCAGAGUUAGGAUGGGUUGAGGAGCUGAAGCCUGAGAAGCCUUUCCCCGAGUUUUCUUCUCCUAAGCCCGUUGAUGAUGCCAAGGACCUCUCAGUGGAGGGAUUCUUUGUCCAGAGAGCCCCCUUCCCUCCAGAUCUAAGGGUGAGUUCCCCCUCCUCGUCCUGUGGUCCCACUCUCACGUGGAACCCCUUCUGGGAGAAACCCUCUUCCUGGUUCCCUGUCGGUAACCUCAUGUCCCUGGUGAUGGUUCUGAGAGCCAUGGAUCCCCAAGAAAUGCUUGCUGUGCCCAGCUGCUCCUCCAACUUCGAAUACAACACCACGAGUGAGACCAGAGGCACCUGGGGACAUCAGUUCGUCCCCAGAGGAGCUGCAGGUCUCUGUGACUCCUGUCACAACUAUGAAAUCUCUACCAAAAUCAGGGGCCAGGAGCAUAUCUGCCACUUCCAUGCCUGCCAGUAUCACAACUGUGUCUUCUCGGAACCCUGCAUGGCCUUGCCUGCUAUGAAUACACUGAGGAGCGAGCAGGGGCAAGAACCCAAGAAGCAGCUGACUCAUGGAGUGAUCAAGAGCAUGCCUGUUGCUCCUGGAGCUCCUGUCCACAUCAAGAAUAUGGCCGUGGAAGCAGGAGUCCACACUGGGAAGGUGGACGUGAUGCCACAGCCACAGGCCUACCCUUGCUACACCCCCAAUUUGGGAACAUCUCCAGGGAUGUUUAGCCAUCCUCCAGAACCUACAUUUCCACCCCGUGCUCCAGUGACCAUGGAUUUGCCACGGAUGUAUGCUAAUUCUGGACAGCCACAAUGGCCCCAUCUCCUGCCAGAUAAGUGCUCAAGUCUGACCCAUCAGCCCUGUGCCACACUUGAUCCUUUUCAACUGCAGCCACAGGUCCCCAAAGCCCCUGAGCUGGCCUUGGUUACUGCUUCUGAGUGGCAACAGAAGCUGGAAGCCGCUGAGGCACUGCUGACUCUGAGAAACUCCUUUCCAGUGCCACGUGAGCCCAUGCCUCUGGCCCAGCCCCACGGCCUACCAGCUCCUGCUGGAGAAAGAGCGUUGCAGUCUCCUUUUCCUGCUCUGUGCCCCAGGCCAGCAACCUGCAACUCGUUCUCUAGUGGACAUCUGGGCUGGCGCUCUCUAUGA